CUUUAUGUAUUAUAGGAGGAAAUUACACUAUAAUUAUUUUAUCUAUAUGUUUCAAAGCAAUAUUUUUUCAAACAACUCAUUUUUCAAGUUACAAUAUUUCUUUGAUUACGAUUUCUUUGUUUUAUUAAAAAAGUUACAGUAGAAGUCUUGCCGCUUCUAUAGAGAGCGUGAUUUUCCAUUCAGUGUUGUCGUGGAAAUGCAAUGAGAACGUUCGUUUGCUCCAGAAAAUUGAACAAAGACGUAAUUUUUCCAAGCAAAUCGCUAAAAUGAUUUGGAAAUUGUUGGUGUUUGAACAAAAGAAUUUUCGUAAAAGGUAGAUUAUUAUAAAACUGGCGAAGCGGGUGAAAACACUGAUGUUUCAGGGCAAAUGGCGCCUUUGGAAAUUAAGCAUAUCCAUUUUAGUAUUUCUGACAGCCUACAACAUUUAUCUCACAGUCCGUUUGAUGUAUUCCUCAACUUGCGUUCAAACAUCGCCAGAUUCCGUAUUAGAAGCCAGCUUGAAAAUAGAACCUCCUGAAUGCGCUCAUAACCAAAAUUUUCCUGUCACCAACACUAAUAAUGCACCCAAACCACUGCUGACAUCAAAAAGCAAUAAAACGUUAGAAACAUUAACAAACAUUUAUAGAAAUUUACAGCUCAACCAACAGUAUUCAUUGAAUCUCAAUUUGGGAUUAGGAAGAUCGGAUAAUAAAUUAGCAUAUAAACUGUUUGACAAUAUUAUAGUUGGAGAAAGAUAUAUUGAAUUAACGGAAGCUUAUAAGACUUCUUUGGCCGCUCAGAGUUCCUUGGACAAAAUAGCAUCACUAAUAGAAAGUAGUCUCUAUUGGGGAGGUCCUAUAUCUUUAGCUGUGUUUGCUGGAACCGAAAAAGAACUAAACCAUCUUUUGUUGUAUAUACUAUAUUUAAGAAAAUGCAAUACAAGAAUUAAGGAAAAGGUUUCAUUUCAUUUGGCAAUACCUAAGGAGAAGGGACCAAAGACGUACGUAAUUGACGAAGAAAGACUGGAGAAGAUGGACUGCGGAAAUCCCAUGGGGGUGCUUCAUGGGUUGUUGAAGGAAUUGACCAAAAGGGGUAUUCACGCAUGGAAAUACAAAAUACCAUAUCCGCAAAACCUUUUGAGAAACUUAGCCAGAAAGAAUUGCCACACAAAAUUUUUAUUUCUGACUGAUGUCGAUAUUAUUCCUAGUAGGGGUAUGGCGGAACAUUUGAACGCAUUUCUUGAAUCCGAAAAAUGUGAUGGAAAGUGUGCCUACGUCGUACCAACGUACGAACUAGACGAAAGAGUAUUAUUCCCGCCGAAUAAGACUGACUUGAUACGAAUGGCCAAUAAGGGUUUAGCUCGACCUUUUCACCACAAAGUAUUUAUUUACAACCAGUACGCUACGAAUUUCAGUAGAUGGCAAAACUACACAGAUCCAGACGAUAAAGUGAGAAUCAGCCAUCCCGUUACUAAUUUUGAGUUCCUGUAUGAACCUUUCUAUAUUGCUACGGAUAGUGUUCCUCCUCACGAUGAAAGAUUUAUUGGUUAUGGAUAUACUAGAAAUAGUCAAGUUUAUGAAAUGUACGUCGCAGGAUACGAAUUUUUUGUCCUUUCUCCCAUCUUCACGUGCCACUGGGGCCUCCAAGUGAAGAAAUCCCGGCCCCCAUGGAGGGAGCACCAAAAUAACCAAAACAGGAAGCAAUUCGACCAUUUCAAAAAAGAAAUCUUCGCCCGGUAUAAUAAGGAUCCUUUAAAUAUGAUGGCUGGUAAAACUUAGUGAAUAUUGUUUUGUUUUAUGUUAUAUUUGUCUUCGCUUUUUUUGUACUUUGAUUUUUUAUACUAAAAAAAAAAUGAUAAAUUUUG